ACCGAGGCAUUCGUAAGAGUUGGAUGUGUUUUCCUUUCUAUUCAGCUUGUGCGCGCCAAACUUAACGUAUGUGCUCAUUCAACUUCCUUUCUCUUCUUUUUUAACACUUUUUACAAUUUAUUGACUCUCCAGUGCCGAAAGUUCCUUAAAAUCACGGUUUCCUGGUUGAUAAUGUAAAGAAUAAGAUAUUUCGGGCUCCCAUUUGGAAAAGAAUUAUCUCAUCAUUUAGAACAGUCUUUGUGAGUGAGUUGUGCUUUGAAGAAACACAAGAAUCGAGAGCAGCUGAUUGUUACUCUUAUUGUACAUACUUUCACAUUUACCAAGACCAAAGAUAUUCCAAGACCAUCUGGGAUUUAAAUCACCGCGGUGAUCACGUGGCGGACCAUAUUAUCGAGCGUGGUGUCUCCGGCGCUCUGAUUGGCCGACGACCCACGGGACUGCAACUGACGUCAUAUCGUCCGCUGCUAUCCGUCUGCUGCUCAGAAAACCUCUCACAAACCCAAGCAAACCUUCCUUCGAGGGACAAAGGAUUCAGUAGUUGCUUUUUUUACGCUUUCCCCUCCACUCUGCGAGUCCUUCGGAAGACCAGAAACUUCUAUUCACUCGCGGGACACCUCCACCCAACGUGUCAAAAAAGGGAAGAAAAAACUGUUAAGUAAUUCUCUCACAAUAUCAACUUUGACAGUUUCGAGCUGUCAGUGCUGUGGAGUGGGUGAAGUGAGAAUUUCUUGAGGAUUUGAAUUUCUUCCAUCGGCCGCUAAAUGACCGUGAAUCCGGUUCUGUGGAGGUUAUAAGAAACAUUUCCCUCGUCUCGAAUUCUUCCCAAAACUCCGAAGCUUCACCGGAAGUGAGAAUGGGGUGGUGAAAAUUUCGGAGUCGAUUUGUCGGAUUUCUGCGAAUUUGUGUUCUUUGUCUUGGGAAAUUCCGGAAUAAGUCGCGAGUGAAAUUUCACCAAAUUUUUCGGGACGUGCUCGUCACGUCCCAGCAAGAUUUUUAAUCCCCGUGAACCUUCCGCGGGAAAGGUCAAGGCGCCAAUAAUAAAAUGUACAGCAUGAACUAUAUCGGCAAGUUCAUUAGUAAUUUUCGUGAUUUUUACAAUGAAAUCAACGCUGCAACUCUUACCGGAGCGAUCGACGUCGUCGUCGUGGAACAACCUGAUGGAUCUUUCACUUGCUCGCCAUUCCAUGUCAGAUUUGGAAAAUUGGGGGUUCUUCGAUCUCGAGAAAAAGUGGUGGACAUAGAAAUAAAUGGAGAAUCUAGACAAAUUCAUAUGAAACUCGGAGAUUCCGGAGAAGCGUUCUUCGUACAAGAAGUCGGUUCCAGUGGAUCUCCAUUAGAUUCAGAAAUCCCACCGCAUUUAGCUUGUUCGCCAAUUCCAGAUGAUAGCUGUUUUCCUCAUCCCAGUCGGUUCAACCUAAUGUCAGACCUGCCUCAAGAGCAGCACGAAAAAAUCCUCAGGGACUCUGUACUAUCAAUCGAGCGGGAAAAAUGGGAGCAGAUGUCAGCUUUGCCACCCGAUCAACGAGAAAAGUUCCUAGUCGAGCAGUUUUCCGACCUGCCCAUGGAGCAUCGAGAAAAAUGGCUUCAAAUCGCCUCGAUGACCUCGGAAGAACGAGACAAAAUAUUCAAAGAGCACUACGGAACGAUUUCUACCUCCCAAAAGCAACAAAUGAUUCGCGAACAAUACUCGGCGCUCAAAACGGAAGACAAGGAGAGGCUAUUCAAAGAAAAUUUUCCCGAGCUGCCGGCCGAACAAAGGCAAAAGUUUGAAAAGGCUCUGCUCACAGAUUGGAAGGAUAAGCCGAAAUGGGAUAAUGAUAAGCAGAAUCUUCUGAAAAAUGACGAUGAGGAAAUUUUUGACAUGGAUGGCCUUGACUGUGAAAUUCCAGCAAUCACAGUCUCAACUCCCAAAUCCUUUGUGGCCGUAACAUCAUCCGACAGGAUUCGCAAAAUAAGCGUUGUGAAUAAUGACUUCAGGCCUAUCACCGAUGACCCGCAAAGCAGUAGCAAGGAGAAGUCGAGUGACGAAUCUAAUACUUCUCUGGUGAAGAAAAAUUCCAAGGAUGAGAGCAUCGACGAGACGAAGAGCAGCAAGAGAAAGCGGAAGAGGAAAAGCGUCAUGAAGAAAAAGAACUCGCAGAGGAAGGCAAGCAAUGGAAGUAGUAGUCAGGCGGAAAUGAGCGAAAGCGAUAAUCUAGUCCUGAGUGAGUCGCAAAGUGAACUUACAAAGGGACCGAGUCCUGUUGCCGAAAUUGAUACUUCCAACACUUCCUCGGAAACUGCAAUGCACCAUUCGACGCUUAAAGAAGUAACGACUACACUUCCGGAGACUGAUUUUCACUUCUUUAGUGAUACGGAGGUUACAAAGAACCGGGAUUCCAGGCCAUGCUCCCCCGUGCAAUCAGACUCAGAGUUUGAAGUUCGAAAAAUAAAUCAAGACAACUCUGAUUUGGACGGAGACAAGAGUCACCAGCAAAGUUGGCGAUGGGGAGAAUUGCCGAGUCCGCCUCCAGAAUCGGCGCACAGUUCUCACAGGAAUUCUUUGAAUUCGGGGGUUCCAUCUUCGCAGAACAACGACACGGAGGCACGUCGGUCAAUGCUCAGUGGUAUGUUCUCCUUCAUGAAGAAGACCUCUCGCGUACGGCACAAUCCAGAAUCAGAGGGAAUUUAUCUCAGUGAUAUUAAGGCCGACGAGUUGGAUCCCGAAGUCGCAGCUCUCUAUUUUCCCUCGUCCCAUCGGGGUCCCUCCGCCGUUAAAGAAGGAAAAACAUUAGACGAAGAAGAUGCAGAAUCCGGAAACGGGCCGAGUUUGCCACAAAGUCCCAACAGCGUCGAAGGAGCCAUCGGAGGACCAAAAUCGCUCGAUAGCGAUUUCGAAGAGCCGAAAAAUUCUCUCUUUGAAAGCAACCUCGACGUGAGUCUCUCCUUGUGUGGAGGUUUCGAUAGCGAACAUGGUCCAUCCGAGGAAGCUUUCCACGAAAAUCAACUCCAGUUCGAAGACUUUUGUGCCGAUCCGAAGUUGUACGAAAAUCCGAAUCUGGUGGUGAAAAUUAAUGGCAAGUUUUAUAACUGGGCGACUGCCUGUCCGAUGAUAAUGACCUUGGCUGCUUUUCAAAGACAACUACCUCAAAGCGUCAUGGAGGUUUUAUUAACUCAAUACAUGCCGAUGCUAAUUCAUGACGAUAAAAAACAGGAAAGUGGAAUCAAAUCAGAGGGACGCAGCAGUUAUAGUUCCUGGUUUUCCUGGAGACGCACAACUCAACCGACUAAAAAAUCUGAAGAAAUUGGUCCAGAUGGAACUGCUAUACCUUCUUCUGAACAAUAUAUCGAAAUAAAGGAAGGAGUAAUAAUAGAGGAAAGUAAUGAUUCAGAUGAAAUGAAAACAAAGACUGAUGAAGUUAAUGAAGUAGUAGUAACGGACGACAUGGUUGAACCGCAAAUAGAUUUUCUCGAUGCCCCUAAAGAGAUAUGCAUUGUGAAAACUGAGAAAGAAUGCGAGAAGGAAGGCGAGGGGUACAGUGGCAGCGAGGACUCUGAUAGUAAUCAACCUGAAAUUCAGGGUAUGAAAAUACCAAUGGAAAGGAGGUCUUACUAUGAACCUACUGAGAAAUAUAGAAAAACGCUCAGACUCUCCUCCGAGCAAAUAGCUACUCUAAAUUUGAAAGAAGGUCCAAACGAAGUGGUGUUUAGUGUGACGACAGCUUAUCAAGGAACAACUCGCUGCAAGUGUCACAUCUACAGAUGGCGAUGGGACGACAAGAUCGUGAUUUCCGAUAUCGACGGCACAAUCACCAAGUCUGACGUCCUCGGUCACAUUUUGCCAAUUGUUGGAAAGGACUGGGCGCAAUCUGGAGUUGCUCAACUCUUCACCAAAAUAAAAAAUAAUGGCUAUAAACUUCUCUAUCUUUCUGCAAGAGCCAUUGGCCAAGCGAGAGUCACUAGGGAAUAUUUGAAGAGCAUCAAACAAGGCGAUUUGUCUCUUCCUGAGGGACCUCUUCUCCUCAAUCCUACAAGUUUGAUCUCCGCUUUUCAUCGUGAAGUCAUUGAAAAGAAACCGGAAGAGUUUAAAAUCUCCUGCUUGAGUGAUAUAAAUGCCCUCUUUCCGGAAGACACUAAACCUUUCUAUGCAGGAUAUGGAAAUCGAAUUAACGAUGUUUGGGCCUACCGAGCAGUUGGGAUACCAAUAAUGCGCAUCUUCACAAUUAAUCAUCGUGGCGAGUUGAAACACGAACUGACUCAAACAUUCCAGUCAUCAUAUUCAAACAUGAGUUUCAUCGUCGAUCAUCUGUUUCCUGCUUUUCGAGAAGAAGCGGCAGAGGAAUUCAGUCAAUUUGCGUAUUGGCGGGAACCAAUUCCCGAAACGUCAAGUUUCGAGUCCGUCGUAGGCGAACUUGCGAUCGCUAUUUAAAUCAUUUCUUCUCUUCGAAGCGCAAAUAAAUGCAGUGCAAUGCACUUAAUGUAAUUAUCUUCAGUUUGGUGCUUUUAGGAACAUCAUUUCAGCGAAUUUUGUAUAGUUUGAUGCGUUUUCAAUCACUGUGGAUUCUUGUAGCAAGCGUUGAUGAAAUUGACUCGUCAGCACGACUAAACCUUCUCGUCUUUGGUGUUUAAAUUCAAACACAUUCCAAGGCAGGUGAUAUUUAUCAGAAUUAAAUUAUACUAUAAGUUACCGACACUGGCUGUCUUAGAUUUUAAGUUCUUACGGAAAUUCGGUGCCUAUUGUAAUUUAAAAUGUGCCCUGGUGAAUUUAUUACAAUUCCAAGGACGUUCUGGCGAAAGGAUCUACAAUUAUUUGCCUUCAUAAAUUUAAUUACUUUGGAUGAAAACAAAAGAAAAAAAUAGUUAUUGCCAAGCACACAGCUUUAAAGCUAAACUUGAUCUAGGUAUUGUCAAUUAUAGUAGGACUUAUUGUUGGAUUUCAAAACCCUAGGGAAAGUCUCUGGUCUGAAAAACUAAACAAUUGUGAAGCGAAAGCAAAAUCUAGUCCUUGCCAGUGAUUCUAAUGAAGAAAUCACCGUACAUAUUUCUCCCGUACCUCAGAUUUGUUAAUCUUCGAUUAUAAAGCGAGUCAAAUUUGCUAAAGAUAGUCAAACUCUUUGAGUCAUUUUAAAAGGUAAAAGUAAUUUGAAAUAAAAGAACGCUUUAUAGUUGGAAUUGGCAACUUUUCUCUUAAAAGCGCUUUGAUCUUGCUGGGAUUUCAUUGUACAUUUUCAAUCACCAUUAAAUUGCUAUUUAUUCUUUCUGUGAGAUGUCAAUUUAGUUGGUCACCCAAACUGUGUAUAGUGUAAAGGAGUGAAUUGAAGAUAGGACUUGUGAUACCCCGAUCAAAUAUUUUUACUACGUACUGUAUUCAUUUAUUUCCCGUUUGUACGGUAGCAUUCCGAAAUAAUCUACAUUUUAUGAGAGAAUCUCUGCGAGGGAACUUCUAUCUUUUGAAUAUUAGAUUCCUAAAGCGAGCCUGUUGUUCUUAUUAAUCUUAUUAAUGAAACUCCGUCUCUCUCUUAGUUCAAUUGUACUUUUUCUUUUUUAGAAAUUUAAAUGUUUGCUUAGUAGAAAAACCGAGAGAUCAUUCUGUUGAGUAUUGAAUGUGUAGAAUAAUUUUUGAUGAAUAAGAAACUACUCGUUUUUUUUUUUUUUUUUGUUUUUUUUUUUGUAUCAUUUGUAACGGUGGUAAAGAGAGGGGACUCCUGCAUUUUACCAAAGAAGCGUUAAAUGUAUUAUUAUGUGUUGUGAGCACGCUGCAUUUAUCGAUUGCACCGUGAAAUAAAAUUAGGAAGUUGGUACUUGAUUUGUGGUCCUUCUCGAUAGUACGAAUUAAGCGAAUUGACGAUUUACUGCACAUGGAAAUGAUAAUUUUUUUUGACUUUGUAUACAAUUAUUCGCUGGUCGAUUGUUUUCUGGCAUAUUCGGUAAUACUCCCUAGGAAAUGCAGAACACACGUUGUGUAAUUCGUUUUCUGUAAUUUAUGAAACUCUUGAAAUUUGUAGGACUUGAUUUUAUAUUUUAUGUUAGUUACGCACCACGUGGUAUAAAUAAAUUUCAGAUUCUGUGAAU